UGUCACACCUUGAACCCUACCCAACCAGCAAGACUAAAAAUGAAAGUAAAGCAAAGUGAAAGUAGUUGCUGAUUCACAGAAGCUGCAGAGUCUAUUGUAAAUCACAUGAUCAUGGGCUGAUGGGAGGUACUUAUAUAAAGACUCUGUCAUAGUAACGCUGCAGAACGCUAAAACAUGGAUCAACAAGAUCAACAAGGUUCGAUCUCUGCAGAUGAAAAUGCUGAUGAGGGAGAUUGGGUAAAGCCUGAUAUACCAACAACAAGUGCAAGUUCACCAGAAUGUCAGAAAUGUCCAAUCUGCAAAUCCAGUCUUAUUCCAUCCACAACUGUGUUUUACCAUGUUGCACUCAAAGAUUGUGUCCCAAACAACCCUCAAGAAGAGGAAAACAGCGUCUCCAGUACAGAAAAUCAAAAUCAGGCUGCAGAGACCAAAAAAAAUUCUUUGUGGUGUUCAAAGUGUGAAGUCAACUUUGUUACGCUCAACAAAGUAGAGGAAGGGUUGCAGAGGAUUCUUAAUAUGGGUCUGGAGGUAAUUGGACAACUAUACAGUAAAGUUGUAUCUAUUCUGAGUUACCUUACUGGUAGCUCACCUCAGAGUUACCCCAUAGUAAAGUUCUCCAGUUUGAUCACUGGAGAGACAUAUGAUGCUUAUCAAGCAUUAAUGGAAAAAGUGAGGAACAAAAUUCCUGCAACACUUGUGGAGGAAGUAAAUCCAAAGGAUGCUCAUGCUGUCCUUGUUUUUUGUCCAAUUACCUCACGCGUUGGAUCAGAUGUGGAAUCAGCAAUGGCAAAACCAGAAGUCUCAUCGCUGGAUAAACCAGUGAUUCUGGUUCUGAUGCAUCACACCAGAGAUCCUGACUAUUCAACUGCAGGAACAAAAUGGUCUGACAUGAAUGAUAAUGUUAAGCUGGAUGUUCAUGUUCUCUUCCAUGAGACAGUACCAGGAUUACUGACUUGUCAACAAAACGAUCAGGCAAUUGAGGCCCUCGUUAAAGAGUUAGACAGUUAUAAGGAGUAUAGUACUUAG